CAGCCAGGGGGACGCGGACAUUCGGGUUCUGAUGUUAAUUAUAACAUUGGAGCUCGUAAACGUGUCACAGCCGACCAGGAAGGGGAAGGACUGGGCCGGCUCCUGACAAAGCCAGGUAUACAGUCAGCACUCAAUAGUUGCAGCCCCCAAAGAAGCGAUGAAGGCAGACAGAUGAAGUCACGAAGGAGCAGCGGGGAGGGUGGACCAUCCCCGAGCCGAGUGACCCCGGGCACGUCACGUGACUCAGGUUCCCCACCGGGGAGGUGACAGACAGGGUCAGGAGGUGCCGUGGGUAUAGUCUGUGAUCACCGCGCUGGUGACUGGGCCCAAAGAGGGGGGACAUGGCAGAGCUGGUCAUUGAAAUAGUGGGUGACACCCGGGGGCCAAGCCGCUGGUUACUGGGAACAAAGAGAAAACCCUCAAAUGCGUCCUCGAUGCACAAACAGCAGUGAGGACACGGGGUCAGGUCCUGAUCACAGGAUCCUGGCUGCCCAGAGGGGUCACGGGUGGCCCAAGGUCACCCAGCAAGAGUUCUGGGGCUCUGGCCCCCCCGGCCAGUGUCCUCCAAUCCCGGGGUGCCCUGUCUGCCUUGCCAGUUCGGUUCCCAUCCGGUCCAUCUGCUCCUCAGCCCCAGUUUUUUGGGAACAGGUGCUGGGGUGACAGGAGGGACACAGCUGAGCCUGGGGCAAGUGUCCGGCGGUCUCUGGGCUGGCAGGGGGACCUGGCUGGCAGUCAGGUCACCGUUGUUUUCGAGGCCCGUGGUGCUGUUUUCAGUUCUUCUCCGAUGGAAGGAGCAAACACAGAGCGUUUGGGGGCAGAAAGGAAGGUUUCGCUAUUACUGUGACCGCGUCCUCUCAGUGGCAGUGCAGUUGUCAGAUGUCACUCUGAAUUUCCUAUGGAGGAAAGGGCUCCCCAGGGCAGCCAUGCUGGGUGAACCUCAGUUUCCCCGCCGAGGCACGGGCAGCUGUGUCGACGCGCCGGCGAUGGCGCCAUGUGGAACGCUGGGUCCCGGUUGUGCUAGGCGGGGGCCGUGUCACUGACCGCCGGUGACCUGAGCUCCUGUGUGUGCUGAUAACGUCCCCCAGGCCCCAGAGAGGACCAGGGCGUGGUGGGCGGAGAGGCGAGGGCCCCAGAUCCCAGACCUACACAGUGCCCAUAGAUGGGGAAACUGAGGUGCGGAGCUGGACAGUGACUCAGACGCCAGGUGGACGUGGCUCCUGUGGCCACUGACACAGCCGGGUGCUGACAUCUGGGUGCGCAGGGCACUCUGCACCCUGGGAGGCGCCUGUGGAGGGGCUUGGAAGAUCCAGGGAGAUUCCAGGGACACAGCAGGGACCCCGACCUCCCCCGACUGGUCCAGCCCCAGAUCCUCUGCCCACGGGAGCCGUCUGCCGUGGGGCUGAGCAUUCAGGUCUGGCUCAACUGAUCCAGGGAGCAAGGUGUGACCUUGGCAAACAGACACUGGACAGACAGACACCUGCUGAGGUCUUCACAGACGCCAUUAGGAUGUCAUAUUUUGGGGAGCAUUUUUGGGGUGAGAAAAACCAUGGCUUUGAGGUCCUGUACCAGGGCGUGAAGCAGGGGCCCAUCUCCACCAAGGAGCUGGCCGACUUCAUCCGGGAGAGGGCCACUAUCGAGGAGACAUACUCCAAGGCCAUGUCGAAGCUGUCCAAGCUGGCCAGCAACGGGACCCCCAUGGGGACCUUCGCCCCGCUCUGGGAGGUCUUCCGAGUGUCCUCGGACAAGCUGGCGCUGUGCCACCUGGAGCUGACUCGGAAACUGCAGGACCUCAUCAAAGAUGUGGUGCGCUACGGGGAAGAACAGCUGAAGACCCAGAAGAAGUGCAAGGACGAGGUGCUGGGCACCCUGGACGCUGUCCACGCGCUGGCGGGGGUCAGCCAGCUUCUGCCCAAGUGCCGUGAGAACUACCUGAACCGCUGCAUGGACCAGGAGCGGCUGCGCCGGGAGAGCACGAGCCAGAAGGAGAUAGACAAGGCAGAAGCCAAAACCAAGAAGGCAGCGGAGAGCCUGAGGCGCUCGGUGGAGAAGUACAACUCCGCCAGGGCCGACUUCGAGCACAAGAUGCUGGACUCCGCCCUGCGCUUCCAAGCCAUGGAGGAGACGCACCUGCAGCACAUGAAGGCCCUGCUGGGCUCCUUCGCGCACUCGGUGGAAGACACGCACGUGCAGAUCGGGCAGGUGCACGAGGAGUUCAAGCAGAACAUUGAAAACGUGAGCGUGGAGAUGCUGCUCCGCAGGUUUGCAGAGACCAAGGGCACCGGCCGGGACAGGCCAGGCCCCGUGGACUUCGAGGCCUACAGCGCGGCCGCCCUGCAGGAAGCCAUGAAGCGGCUGCGCGGAGCCAAGGCCUUCCGCCUGCCAGGACUCAGCCGGCGAGAGCGGGAGCCACGGGCAGCCGCAGACAUCCUGGAACCCGAUUCAGGGAUGUGUCCAGAGGUGGAUGAAGAGGGCUUCACCAUCCGGCCUGAGGUCACCCACAACAGCACGGCCGAGCCCUCUCGCUUCUCAUCCAGCGACUCCGACUUCGACGACGACGAACCCCGCAAAUUCUAUGUGCACAUCAAGCCCGCCCCGGCCCGGGCCCCUGCCUGCAGCUCCGAGGCUGCCGCGGCCCAGCUCAGGGCCACCGCGGGCAGCCUCAUCCUCCCUCCUGGCCCCGGGGGAACCAUGAAGCGCCAUUCCUCCCGGGACACGGCUGGGAAGCCGCAGAGGCCACGGUCGGCCCCCAGGGCCAGCAGCUGUGCAGAGAAGCUGCCGUCUUGCGAUGAGCAGGUGUCCAAGAGCCUCUUUGGGCCGCAGCUGGAGUCCGCCUUCGACCACGAAGACUUUACAGGCUCCAGCAGCCUGGGCUUCACGUCCAGCCCCUCCCCCUUCUCCUCUUCGUCCCCGGAGAACGUGGAGGAUUCAGGCCUGGACUCUCCGUCCCACGCUGCGCCCGGCCCCUCCCCAGAUUCCUGGGUCCCCCGCCCAGGCACCCCGCAAAGCCCACCCAGCUGUAGGGCGCAGCCCCAGGAACCCAGGGGGAGGCGGGGCCCACCCCGGCCGGACUCUCCACAGCCCCUGGCGCCAUCGCCAGGACCCUGGGGGCUGGAGGCCGGAGGAGCCAGGGAGGGCCUGGCCGCCCCGCCCCGGAGGCCCCGCACCCGGAAGGUGUCCUGUCCCCUUGCACGCAGCAAUGGUGACCUGUCUCGGUCCCUGAGCCCUUCCCCACUGGGCUCUUCAGUCCCCAACAUCGGCCCAGAACGGCCCAGCUUCUCCCAGGCCGGACACGGAGUCUCCCGGGGCCCCAGCCCUGUGGUCCUGGGCUCCCAGGAUGCCCUGCCUGUGGCCACGGCCUUCACCGAGUACGUCCACGCCUACUUCGGCGGCCACAGCCCCAGCUGCCUGGCCCGAGUGAGUGGGGAGCUGACCAUGACCUUCCCAGCCGGUAUCCUGCGUGUGUUCAGCGGGUCCCCACCGCCCCCCGUCCUCAGCUUCCGGCUCGUACACACGGGGAGCAUCGAGCACUUCCAGCCCAACGCAGACCUGCUCUUCGGUGACUCCUCCCAGAGUGACCCAGAGACCAAAGACUUCUGGCUGAACAUGGCGGCGCUGACCGAGGCCCUGCAGCGCCAGGCAGAGCAGAACCCAGCGGCCUCCUACUACAACGUGGUGCUGCUGCGGUACCAGUUUUCCCGCCCUGGCCCACAGUCUGUGCCCUUGCACCUGAGCGCCCACUGGCAGUGCAGCCCGACCCUCACCCAGGUGUCAGUGGACUACAGCUACCGGGCUGGCGCCACCGCCGUGGCCACACCACUCACCAAUGUCCAGAUCCUGCUGCCCAUCGGGGGGCCGGUGACCAACGUCCGCCUGCAGCCGGCCGCCACGUGGAACCUGGAGGAGAAGCGGUUCACGUGGAAACUCCCAGAUGUGUCGGAGGCAGGGGGCUCCGGACAUCUCUCUGCCAGCUGGGAGCCGCUCUCGGGGCCCAGCGCCCCCAGCCCCGUGGCCGCACAGUUUACCAGCGAGGGGGUCACUCUGUCCGGCGUGGACCUGGAGCUGGUGGGCAGUGGCUACCGCAUGUCCCUGGUGAAGAGGAGGUUUGCCACAGGGAUGUAUCUGGUGAGCUGCUGAGGUCAGCGCUGCCCUGUCCUGGUGCUCACUGAACCCCCAGUCCCCCCGAGACCUGGACUCCACCGACAGGAGCCCCCCAGUCCUCACCACGCCCACUGGCUGAGCCAAGAUUCCCCCCCCACAAAUCUCGCCAAUCUUCACCCCCACCCCCAGGUUCUGGCCUUUUAAUGUUGUUUAAAUAAACUUUAUUUUCUAACUAAAUUACAAAGAUGUCUCCUAAACAGUGCCACAGAGGGGACCAUCAGGAA